CAUUUGGCCAAUCAGCAUCGCUGAAUAAAAUAUCUUUGGGGCUUGCCAUACUAGAUGCCGGAAGGUUGCCAUGGUGAUAAGUUUAAUGGCGGCGGCAGGGGAGGGAGAGCUUAAACCGAAUUCUCCAUCCUGAAUGAGAAGCGGAGGAUUUUCCAGAUGUUCGCUGAUCGAGUCUCCAGUCUGAACUCCUUCCAGGUCGGAACCACAGACCAGCAGCGGCUCUGAGCUGUUCCUUUAAGAGCCGAGGAGGAGAACCGGACCGGGUCGGUACCAGACGGUGCAGCUGUCCCCCUCUGUUCCGGGUCGUCUCGUCUCCAGGAUGUCUGCGGGAAGCGGUCUGGAGUCGGUGGACUUUGAGAUCUUCGGCCAUGUUCAGGGUGUCUGCUUCAGAAUGUACACAGAGAAGGAGGGUCUGCGGCUGGGCCUGGUGGGCUGGGUGAAGAACACGGCCGCUGGGACGGUGGUGGGACAGGCGCAGGGACCGGCCGCCAUGUUGGAGGAGAUGAAGUUCUGGCUCAGUAAGGAAGGAAGCCCGACCAGCCGGAUCACCAGGGCCCGGUUCACCAACCAGAAACCCAUCGACAAGCUGGAGUUCUCCGGGUUCAAGACCCGCUUCUGACCCGGUGGACUGGUUCUCCUCCUGCCUCUGGCAGAACUGGGAACGUUGAACCGACUCCAGCUGAGAUCGGGUGGUUCUGAUCCACUUCUGACCUGGUUUCUGUUUCUACCCAGAAAAAAAGUCAAAUAUCUGAGAGAAACCUGGAGCCGUUUUAACCGUCUGACAUUAAACUCCAUCAUUAACUAAA